AUGUUGCAAAAUUUUUUUAUUCCACAAAUUGCUCAAUAUGGAGUGACUGGAUUUUUUCAACAAGAUGGGGUUACGAGUCAUACAGCUAGAGUGAGUAUGAAUAUUCUAAAAGAUUUGUUUCCGAACCGCAUAAUUUCUCGAAAUGGGAAUAUUCCAUGGCCUCCACGUUCGCCUGAUUUAACGGCGUGUGAUUUUUUUCUGUGGGGGUAUAUCAAAAGUAGAGUAUACCAAACACCACUAAGGACACUUGAUGAUCUUAAACAAGAUAUAAUUUAUAAAAAUUAA